UCACGGACCCCUCUCGGCCGCCAUAUUGUUUAUUUGCAAGAACUCGACAACGCGAACUUUCCUUUACUUCUCUCAAAACUGCGUGUUUAUUGUCGAUAUAAAAUGGGUCUGUUAUCUUUACUUCGUAAGCUCAAAUCUGAUAAAGACAUGGACUUGAAGAUCUUGUUGCUCGGGUUAGACAACGCGGGCAAAACAACUAUCCUCAAGAAACUUGCUUCUGAAGAGAUUAAUCACAUAACACCUACUCAGGGCUUUAACAUCAAAUCUGUUUCGUCUCAAAAUGGCAUAAGACUCAACGUGUGGGACAUCGGAGGGCAAAGAAAGAUUAGACCGUACUGGAAAAAUUACUUCGACGACAUAGACGUACUGAUAUAUGUGAUAGAUAGUGCAGAUCGCAAGCGGAUGGAGGAGACUGGUGUGGAAUUGGCUGAAUUAUUGGAAGAGGAAAAAUUGCUUGGUGUCCCACUGUUAGUGUUCGCCAACAAACAGGAUCUACUUAGUGCUGCUCCAGCCGCUGAAAUAUCAGAAAAAUUAGACCUACAGUCAAUCCGUGAUAGAGCAUGGCAAAUACAGGCAUGUUCGGCUAUCAAGAAUGAAGGAGUCAAGACGGGAAUGGAAUGGGUUGUAAAAAACAUGAAAAAGAAGUAAAAUAAUAAUGAAGACAUGGGAUUAUCGUAAACACAUACUGUACUUUCAAGUAGGAUUAUUUAUUUACCAGCUACAUCAUUUAUAGCUGCUGAUGAAAGGUUGGCCAAUGCUGAUAAGGAAUUUCAAAUCUUGAAGACUUAUUAAUAACAUAAAUAGAUUAGUGUGCCGUAUAAACAUGGUUUAGAACUUGAUUUCUUUUUAGAAAUUUUGACUGGGAGAAUUAGGGAAUGCUUGGGAGAAGAGAUUAAUACUGGUUUAAACCAUGCUAAUCAAAGUACAUGUUAUGCUACAAUGUUCCUUGAACUGUAAUCAUGAUUUAUUUUAUUUUCAUUCAAUAAUAAUUAUUAUAAAAGCAAAAACAGCCAGGAAAAAAGUAUCAAAAAUGGUACAAAAUUGUGGCUUAUUGUUAUUUGAGAGAUGAUACAUUAAUUACGAAUAACUGCAAUUUUUUGCCUUCCAUAAAAACAUUUUCUUUUAUUAAUAAACAAUGGAAGAUAUGGGUAAAAAAUUGAGUGAAUAACUUCAUCACUCAACAAAAUUUGGCCAGAGAAUUGGAUUUUGAAGCAUAAAUAUUAGUUACUUGUAUAUCCUAAGAUUAUGGGAGCAUUUUGCAAUAUCAAAGUUGGGCUGAUGCAUUUAAUCUGCAGUUUUUUGCAACAUUACAUUUAUAAUAUUGUAUUGCUGUGACAAUAUGCUGCAGAUAUUAACACUAGUAAUGGAGGAACUACUACAUUAAACUUAAAUUAGGAAAACCUUGAUCUCAUAAUAAUCAUUAAAUUGUGCCAUGAGAUAAUAUUAAUUUAGACAAAUUGUAUCUUUACUAAUACAGUGAAAAGUUUGCUGAAUUAAUACCAUGUAUGUGUAAUAUAAUAGCUCUUGUAAAUCAGGCCAUUUAACACAUUAUAGAUGCAUGGUAGAACUUUUUUGUGAUGAAUCUUUUCUGUUUAGACUUGAGAAAGUCUGCAUGAGUAUUGCUUAUCAAUAUCAGUAAAGGUUUUAGUUUGACAAAUUCAUUUAAUUAAUGUGUUGAUGUUAGUGUAUAUAGUUGUAGCUUGUAUGAAAUAAUGAUAGUAACAUGUCAGUCUUGUUUCUUGAUAUUAAUUAAAUGUGUUGAAUGUUAGACAGUAUAUUGUUUUAACUAUUCAUAGAUCCAGCUACUGUAAUACUGUUUUGUUCAUUAAUAAAAUAAAGUUUCUUGGGCAGUUCCCACGAUGGUUCUCUCCAAGAUUUAACACAUUAAA